GUUCUCUUACAGUCUUAAGUUGUAUGCCUUAAUGAAAGAAUUUGACCUAUUUCACAUAUCCUGUUCUAUAAAAGCUCAGUAAAACUGCCAAAGGUAGGCUAGUGUUUGGCCAUUGACCUAUGCACAAAUAAUUCCAAUUUUGACAGUGUUCCACCAUUUGGAUUUUCAAAAAAAAAAUUUCUCAGAUUGUGUAGACUAAAUGCAAACUUUGAGAUAGCACCAGAACCCGUUUAAAAAUACUUUACAUUGAAAGUAAGUGUGAUACACUUUUGUUUCAUAUCGUUACUGUGUCUCGUUGCUAGGCCUUUAUUUUGAUGUGUGCUUACCACAACGGAAGACCCGGAAGUAAUAACUAUUGCUCAGGAAUAUUUUGUGAUGGGGUUUCACUCGUUUCCUCAUGACUGAAAAGAACAAUUUGAGAUAUAACUUCAAACCUUUUUUUAUUUUGGUUUGUUUAUUUUAAAGAUUAUCUCUUAAAUCAUUCAACCAACUAUUUCCGUAAUUGCAGAUACGGUGUCUAUGACCUGUUUGACAUCAGAUGGCGAUGGGAUAGUCAAUUUCGACAUGAAGACAUCAUGACAUGAAGCCCAUCGCAACCAUAACAAUCAGUAACUUUAUGUUAUUCGUGUCAGAAGUGCAAUUCCGGGAAUUUCUACUGAAAAUCGUGAACAACAGUGACACUCAUUUUCCAGACAACAAAUAGAAAAGUUAAAUGACCUGUCGUGUAUCGUGUCCUACUGCUCCUUUCAUGAAGAUGUCCAAGAUUGAAAGAUUGAAUGCACGGGUUUCUAAACUGCUGACCGCAGCAGUCCACGAGGUGAUGGAGGUAGUAAAGGAUACGGUGUUGGAGUACCAAGAAAAAACCGCUCGAACUCAGAGGGAGAACGAGAGACUUCGGAAGAAACUCGAGGAACUACAACAAUGGUUUGAUCGAGAACUGUCACGGGUGUCCAGAGCAAAUCCUCCAUUGCAGGCUAGCCAAUCAGAGCAGUCCAAAUGCUCAUGUAAACAACUACAGUCCUCCAAGGCAUCAGGCAAGCCAGAGCUGACGGUGGAGUCCAGAGUGACUUCUGCAGAUGAGGUGAAACAUCAUCUGGAGUUAAAGGUAGAAUCCAUCAUCAGCGUUGAGCAGGUGUUUACAAACUGCAGUGAAGUGGCUCCUUCAUGUGUCACCGUGGUGGAUACAGAAAGUGACAGCUCUGCUCACUCGCAGUCUGAGAACUCAAAGGACAUCUCAGCACAUGCUGAAAGUGUAGUGUUCCCCAAUGGACGCUCGUCACUGGCUAACUCCACCUCACCCACUCAGCAAGGGAUGCCAGCCGACGUCAAUAUCAUCAAAGCGGAGCCCGACCUUCUGGAAUAUUCCCUCUCCCAGCAACCCGUGCCUUCACACCAGCUUUACGACCACGAGGAACCCACCCCAGAUUAUGCCCUCAACGCAGCACAGAACGAUGUCCAGGAGUUAAAUCUCUUGCAGCACAGCUCUGAUACUUCAGAAGUGGCACACUACAUUCAUUCUGACACAUUCAAUGCCUUUGUGGAGUCGUUCCCCCUCAAUCAGGCCCAGCAACAGCAGCAGCAACAGCAGCAGCAGCAGCAUCGGCGUUUCACUGGUCGAGAGAAGAGCCACCGCUGCUUGCUCUGCGGCAAGACCUUCAGCCAGCUGAGCAACCUGCGCAUCCACCAGCGCUGCCACACGGGCGAGAAGCCGUACACGUGUGGCCACUGCGGCCGGCGCUUCAGCCACGGCGGGAACCUGCAGAAGCACAAGCGUGUGCACACCGGCGAGCGGCCGUUCAGGUGCCUGCAGUGUGGCAGGAUGUUCAGCCAGUCGACCCACCUCAAGACGCACCAGAGGACCCACCAGAGGAUCCACAGCUACCGCCACCACAGCUUCUGAGGCGUCUGGCUUGAUAUUAACUUAUUUAACAUUAGGAUUUUAAUAGAAGAGGGCCACUAGCGCUUCAGCCUGGUUGGUGCUCACGGAACAGGACGCAGAAGUCAAAAGAGGAGACCCAAGGUCUAACAAGAGCCAAGGAGCAGGACCGGAGCACACAACGCUUUAAGUGAUUUUUAUUAGCCUAGUGCAAACCGACUAACGUUUCGAUGCCCAUUCGACUCUGAAGAAGACGCAUGGGCGUCGAAACGUUAGUCGGUUUUUGAAAAGUUUUUGAAAAUAUAUUAUUUUAGACAAAAAGCCCAAAACGGUUAAAAAAGAAAGUCUCUGUAUAAAAAUACCUGGCUAUGUGUGGACAUGCACUGUUCAGUGUUUCCCACAGAAUUAAAUUAUAUUUGUGGCGGUAGGUGGUGGUGGGGGGGGGGGGGGUAGCAGCAGUUUUGAACAAAUUUGCGCGACAUGGUUAUGAUGCUAACCGGAUUUAAUCACAAUUUAGCCAGUCGUCUUCUAUGCCAACAAUAAUCCUUGCAUUCCUAAUGCAUAAUGCUUUCUUUAAAUGUGCAUGCAGGUUUGUUGAGGGACAGACACAAGGAGAGGCUGCGCACAUAGCUCUACAAUGACAGGAUUCCAUCCAAUUUAAAUAGUACAUAAAACAUGAAAAUCAUUGUGUGGUGGUCAGUGUUGAUAUUGUGGUGGGCCGCCACAAAGAAGUCAAUGUAUGGGAAACACUGCUGUUCUUAUUAGGUUUAUUUAACAUGAGAAAGGGGUAGGACAAUGACAUCAGGGAAGCCAGCAAAAAUAAGGGCAAUUUACUAUUUAUCGUUAUUUUCACUAUUUAUAAUCCUUUCCGCUGAUGUACAGAUACGGACCUAUGGACCUAAGAAAGCUUGAAAACACAAGACUUAAGCUAUGUAUUUUGUUUGUUUCUAAGUCAUCUUGGGGCAUGUCAUAUCAACUUAUGGUUGGCUGUUGUUGGUUAUCAUUGGCUGUUGAAUGUUAUAAUGUUGAAAGUGUCUAACAACACUUACAUAAAAAAAAAAUAUAUAUUCUCAUACUUUUUAAACAUUUAGUUGUUCAGAGUGUUACCUUAAAUUGUGGUCUUAAUAGUAUACAAUUUGUCUAAAAGACUAAAACACCUGAUGUGACAUGCAGUGGUUGCAUUGGAUUUCUGGAGAAAAAACAUCUGAAUUAACUAAAUGCAGUUUUGCUUCAUAUUUCCAAAAACCACUAAAUGUGCAAACCUAAUUGUCCAGGUUAUUUACCCUUGUACUGCUAGACCACAAAUUUGACGGAAUAAGAACUGAAUGCUUUAGAGCCAUUUUAUUCUUUCCUUCACACAAGCUUACGUCACAGACCAUUUGGAGGUGCAAUCAAUAUCGGAGUUUUGGUUGAUUUGAUCAGUUAACUUUGAAACCGGCAUCUUACUUUGGAUAGACAAUAGCAAUAUAUCACAGGAGUGAUUAACGUCAAAAAAUCUAGAUUGGAGUAACUCAACAUUAGGCACCAGUUUAGUAUUCUAAAGACGUCAAAUAACUUGUUAUAGUUAUCAAAAUGAUAGCUAAGGAACCAGAAGUGAACACACAUUGAUAGCUGUAAAAACUGCUUUCUUUAAACAACUUGACAAAAUACUUUUAUAACCUUUGAACCAGCUCCUUACUAUGUGAUCUCAAUGACGAUGCAGAAUUUGUAUGCACCUCCAACCAAUUAGCGUACCUGGUUACCGCCCAAAAGAUUUUGAGAAAGUAAUUGCAACAGAAUUUAUUCACAUUUUUAUACAACCCCAAUCUGUUUGCAAAGAUUUCUCCGGAUUCUGUGAAA